AUGCUGGAGGACCUAACCGUCCGACUCCCCUUGAUGGAUGCGAUCCAAAUGAUGCCCUCCAUGCGCAGCUUUAUGAAGGGAUUAAUCUCAGGAAAAACAUCAGAGGAGAGCGAAUUCAUGACUAUCUCUAAGGAGUGCAGCGCAGUGCUUCAGAACAGACAGAUAAAGAAGCAAGGAGACCCUAGCAAGUUCGUCCUAUCUAUCCAGAAUGGGAAGACAGUUUUCUCAUCCUCCCUGGUUGAUCUGGGAUUCAGCGUAAACCUCAUGCCCUACUCUGUAGCAAGACAUCUGGGAUACACGCAUUUCAAACCAGCUUGGAUGUCCUUGGUGUUCGCGUAUAGAUCAGUUAAGUCCCCGGUUGGUAUUCUAGAGGAUCUCCAAGUAAAAUUCGGGAACACCUCUGUUCCAGCAGACUUCGUAGUUCUAGAGCUGGAAGAGGAAUCCAAAGAUCCUCUCAUUUUAGGAAGACCAUUCCUAUGUACUGUUGGAGCCAUCAUUGAUGUGCGGCAAGGGAAGAUUGAUCUCAAUCUGGGAGACAUAGUCAUGCAGUUCAAGAUGGAUGAGUUGCUGAAGAAGCCGAUGCUGGAUGGACAGGCCUUCAAGGUGGAUGAAGGGAUUGAUCCGCUGCAACCUCGCGACGGGAUGAUCGAGGAGAUUCUUACAGAAGAUCCACUUGAGCUUGCACUAGUAAGAGCUGAGGCCGAGCAGAGUGUCGAGAACAUUGACGCAGACGGGUAUGCUAAGAUGCUUGACUCCGCAAGGAGUAUGGGAAGAAUGGUGGCGAGUCCAAGUCUGGGGGAAGAAAGCAACAAGGACGAGAACACUCCAACUAGAGCGUCCCCUUUACCGAACUCGCCAAACCAACCUGAUGAUCCCUGGAGCGAGUUGAAGGCUCCCAAGGUUGAGCUAAAACCCCUUCCCAAGGGGCUCAGGUACGCUUUCUUCGGUCCGAAUUCCACUUACCAUGUCAUUGUGAACGCUGAACUCAAAAAUGUGGAAAUUGCACUGCUUUUGUGUGAGCUUAGGAAGUAUCAUAAGGCAUUAGGAUAUUCACUAGCUGACAUACCUGGCAUCUCACCUGAUUUAUGCAUGCAUAGAAUACACCUAGAAGAUGAAUCAAUGACUUCUGUUAAACAUCAGAGGAGGUUAAACCCGAAUCUAAAAGAUGUUGUUAAGAAAGAGAUAAUGAAACUUCUUGAAGCGGGUGUGAUCUAUGCCAUAUAUGAUAGUAAGUGGGUUAGCCUUGUUCAUGUAGUACCUAAGAAAGGUGGGAUCACUGUUAUCACAAAUGAAAAGAAUGAAUUGAUCCCUACUAGAAUAUUUGAUUUUAACAGCGAGUGCGUAGCUGCGUUCCAUACGAUCAAAGGAGCUCUAGUCAGCGCACCUGUUGUACAACCGCCAGACUGGGAUCUCCCUUUUGAGAUCAUGACUGAUGCUAGCGAUUUUGCAGUUGGAGCAGUCCUUGGGCAGCGCAAGGACAAGAAACUUCAUGUGAUCUAUUACGCAAGCAAAACCAUGGAUGAAGCUCAAUGCAGAUACGCUACGACUGAGAAGGAACUCGUAGCUAUUGUUUUUGCAUUCGAGAAGUUCAGAUCCUACCGGGUGGGAUCAAAGGUGGUUGUGCACACAGACCAUGCUGCUCUUAAGUACUUGCUCACAAAGAAGGAUGCAAAACCGAGGUUGUUGAGGUGGAUUCUUCUUCUCCAAGAAUUUGAUCUCGAGAUAAAAGACAAAAAGGGAGUCGAGAAUGGGGUUGCAUGCCACUUGUCCAGAAUGAAGAUUGAGGACAACACAGCUCUUGAUGAAGAACACACAGUGGAACACUACUCUCACCUCCCCUGGUUUGCUGAGAUUGUGAACUUCCUAGCUGCUGAAAAGGAACCACUUAAGUUCACUGGAAACGAGAAGAGGAAAUUCUUAAGAGAGGCGAGGCAGUAUGUUUGGGAUGAACCAUACUUGUACAAACAGGAUUCUCACGCCUACAUAGCUCGAUGCGAUACAUGCCAGCGACUUGGGAACAUCAGCAAAAGGAAUGAAAUGCCUCAGAAUUACAUUUUAGAAGUUGAGGUAUUCGACUGUUGGGGAGUCGACUUCAUGGGACCAUUCCCUUCGUCCUUCAAGAACGAGUACAUCCUGGUCGCCAUUGACUAUGUCUCCAAGUGGGUAGAAGCAGUGGCGAGUCCCACUAAUGAUGCAAAAGUGGUGACUAAGAUGUUCAGCUCCAUCAUCUUUCCGAGAUUUGGGGUGCCUAGAGUGGUCAUUAGCGAUGGCGGAACACACUUCAUCAACAAGGCAUUUCAGGGUCUGUUGAAGAAGAAUGGGGUGAAACACAAGGUGGCUACCGCUUAUCACCCCCAGACGAGUCGACAGGCUGAAGUUUCCAACAGGGAAGUCAAGAACAUUCUACAGAAAACUGUCAAUACCUCGCGCAAGGACUGGUCGCUUAAGCUGGACGAUGCUCUCUGA